CAGAUUCUUUUUCAUUCUUAUCAUCAGGAAGAUUGAGAAGCGACGAGGAGAAGAUGUUAAGUAUUACGCCGUCAGGAGAUGAACAGAGUGUCUUCCAAGGUGACAGCUUCUUCGUCUCCUGCUCCAGCGAGGCGACCACCGUGCAGAGGGUCAUGUGGACGGGUCCAGAGGGUCAGCAGAUCACCGACUACAAGGGCAGCGUGCCUUAUAACGAGAUCCCAAGGAUCCACGUAGAGGACGGCAGGUCAGGACACAAGGGGGUCGACCUGGUCUUUGAGAACAUCACCCGGAUGGAUCGUGGCAAUUACACCUGUUCAGCCAACGUUGACGGUGUCGAGGAGUCCAGGACCUUUCAGCUCUUCGUCGACAAGAGACUAAGCUUCAAGAAUACCCCAGCUGUACAAUACCUGGAGGAGGGCGUGUCAUCCAAGAUCAGGUGUGACGUUGAAGGUGAUCCCGCCCCGAGGAUAAAAUGGCGCUUCCAGACCAGGGACAUUGCUUACACUAACGACAAGUAUGCAGUGAGCCCUGAUGGACCUAGUGGCCUCAUUGUCCACAACGUAACCCUGAACGAUGCCGGCGAGUACCAGUGUAUGGCCCUACAACUGUCUCUCCGUCACUCAGAUAUCAAGGAGUUCCCCAUCAGUGUCAAGGUUCACCAUAUGCCUAUGUGGUUGGAUGAUCAAAAGGUGCAGGCCUAUAGCUACGUGACAGGUGAAGUGAAUCUUACCUGUGAGGCCGAAGCCGAACCACACGCCAACUUUACCUGGAUUAAGGAGGGUGAGGUCAUUACUCCCUCUGACAGUGUACAGAUCUUUGACGAUGAUCACAAGAGCAUUCUGCAGCUGACAGUGACACACCCCGAGAUGUUUGGAGAUUACGUGUGUAAAGCCGAAAAUAAACUGGGUACACUGGAGCGAGUGAUCAUCUUAGAAAAAGGGGCUAAACCAGCUGUGCCCACUGCCAAGGUCACCCAUGCAGAUGUCAAUUCCCUACAUCUAGCCCUGUCUGCCAAAAAUUACCCCGAAAUGCCCAUUGUGGCUUACCGAGUACAGUACAAGAUGGCAGGAGACGACUGGAAGUUUGCACAUGCCAUGGAGUUCGUGAAAGGUGACAAGUACAUCAUCAAUGGUCUGGCCGAUGACACACUGUAUGUGCUGCGUGCGUCAGCCAAGAAUGUCGCUGGCUACUCUGAUUUUUCUGAAGAAGUGAUGGAGAAGACCAAGAAAGUCAAGUUUGAUUCUGUCUUUGCCUCUUGUAAUGCCAUUGGAUCAUCUGCUGCCAUCUUAUUUUCCCUUGUCCUUUCUAUCAUCUUCUUGUGAACUUGAGAAGCAGAGAGCGUGUUGUAGCUUGUGUUAGCUUGAGAGAAACAUGACUUUAUACUCAUUAUUAUUUGCAAAUUUUAGCUCCUAUAAGUAUUAUAAAAGGGAAUGGAUUAUAUGGGAAAAUUCUAUAAGAAAAAAUAAUGUAAUUAGAAGAGUAUUGGGUAUGCAGCAUUUAGCUCCCUUAUAAGUACUGUACACUUUAGGGUGGAUGCCAUUCAGGUCAUUCUCAGUGAUACUCAUUAUGAGCUGAACAAGUAUUGUGAUCUGAAAUAAAACCAAAUUAUUGUAUCGAGACAGUUGUUCAUACACUUUGUCACUGCUCAGUUUAUCCUCAUUUGUCUUUUAUUUAUGUGGGCUGUUCUAUUUUUUCUCCCUUUUUCUUAGGCUGAUAGACAUUUUCAGUACCCAGGAUUAUUAUACAUACUAUAUAUUUCUGCUGCUUUAUAAUGCUAGAUAAUAUUUUGACUGUGUGAAUAUUUCUACCGCUUCUCAGUAAGUGUGGUAUAAGACACCACAACCUUAGUUAUACAGUAAUUGUAUUUUUUAAUAUGCUGAAAGUCAUAGUACAGUAAUUAUAAAUAUGAUUAUAAUUUCAGUCAAGUGUCCAAGAAGUAUUGUGUAAAUUAUGACUUUCCCAUAACACAACCUGCAGCCAAGACUAAAAACAAAUUAUGCAAUCUUCGCAUGUAACGUACUCAGAAAUAGAUAUUACAUAGAAUUCUGCUAACAUUCCACAUGUUAGGUAAACUAGAGUAUACAGUACAUAUGUCUACCACAAGAACUGGAAAGUAAUAUUGUUAUGAACUGUGAUGUGGUUCAACCUUCACUUAUCAUAAUACCUCCUAGUCAUUGGCCAUAAGUGAAGCUUGAGUUAAGUAAGAUAAAGUCAUUAACGUUACACAUGAGUAACAUUGAGGGCUGUGUGAGAAAAAUGUAAAUAUCUGAAGUUACCAAUUUAACGACUUCCUGAACUCUCCUGUUUGUAGCAUAGUAUUUAAAGAGAUGGAACCUGAGUUAUCCAGAGAGCCAGGUAAUGUUAGCUCCCGGGAUAUUUACAUUUGACAGAAACUCAUUGUUCCUUCAUCUGACGCUUGAGUUCGGUGGAUCUAUGAUGGCGAAUGUUGAUAAUUUUCGUGUUUGGGUCUUUUAUUCCCAACUGUUGUUCAUUGUAAGUGAUGUUUCUAAAUAAAUUUGGGUUAAUUUAACUUAAACAAAUCUUGUAUACCAUGUUAGUGAAAUGUUGUGCUUAUUAAUUAUAUAUUUAGACUUACUUCCUUCGUGUUUUGCUGUGGUGAGUCUAAGAGAGGCAUUGGACUGUAUCUAUCCUUGCCCUUUGAUUUGUUUUUCCUAGGGGUUAUUAAAUAUCUCAUGCAUUGAAAGUUAUUCCUCAAAAAAUAUACAGUAUUAUAUUUUAACAUUUCACUGCAUUUGAAAAACUUAUCUACACAAGUUAAAUUGAUAAUGAGGAUCAUUUUUUUUGAUGAAUGUGAAUUAAAUUUGUAAAUUUAAAUGAAACUCGUGUAGAAAAAAAUGUUAUUCACCGUUGUAUGCUGUACAUAUUAGCUAUGGCUAUGACCCUCCUGUGAUGUAACUGAGCGACUCUUUAUAUCUGAUUAUGUAUGAUAAAAUUUGCUCAUUCGUAUUAAAAAAUAUUCUAUACUCCCUUCAUCCAAUAUCAGAUUAUAUUUUGCAUAUAUUAUAACAUAUGCAGUGAUGAUUAUAUUUUCCCUAUACUGCUCACUACAGUAGCAUUUUUUUGGUGUCACUUUACACCACAGGAGACAAUUGUUGUGCGAUCUAGGAUGUCUUGGUAUGAAGACGCUGACCAAAUGUGCAAAGUGAUUUUUUUUUCUCUGCCAUUUUUCCUACUUUUAGAAUGUAGUUAUAUAUUCAACUCGUGGUGUAUGCUGAGUAUGUCAUCAUUCAGUUCCUCACUAACUUUUGCUGCUGAUUUUGUCAUGGCUCAGUGACUCACUAGUUAACUGAGACCACCAUCACUCAGGCUAUUGUUGCUGAAUGCCAGACUAACUUAAAUAUCACUCACUGAGAUUUGCUGUGUUACAUGUCAAGGUAAUCAUUCAAAACUUACACUGUAACUAUAGGAAUAUUGCUAAGUAUUUAGUGACUGUUUCUAUGCAGAGACUUUUGCUAAGAAGUCCGUCAUCAGUCAUUCUAUCAGUAGUCUGUGGUGGGUUGAGAAUGAUACCUUGAGAAGUUGGGUGUUACAGCACUGGCAGUAAGAGUGAGUCCUGUAUUAACUUUGUAUUUAUUAUUGUCCAGUCACAGUUACAGAGGAUAUUGUCAAACUGUCGUACUUGGCUAAUAAAUUUAAAAACCAAAGAUUUUGAAAUUUUUAGUGAAUUUUUUGUAGUACUGUCCAUAGAUUCGUAACUUGAUGUCAUGUGUCAAGAUUUGUUAGCCCUGUAUGACAAGAAUAUAUUUGUAGAGGUAAAAUGAAACAUGUGAGUUUGUGAUGGUAUUGCUAGAAGAGGUUAUUUUGAUCUUCAGUUUACAGGUAUAUGAAGACUUUACUCAUAAGUGAUUUGAUUGAUGACGAAAUUUUUUUUUUUGUUAGGUCAGUGAAUUGAAUGAGUAGGACUUGCUGUAUAAUUUCAUCACCUAGAUGGUAUAAGUGAGCCAGGUAUAAGGCUCAGUGAUUGACUUAACAGCAUGCCACAAAUAUAAUGAAGGGAAGCAACUGUUUCAUCCCACUGGCAAGCAAACGACUGUGUGUGAGCUAUUGCUGUAUGUGUGAGUGAGUGAGUAUAUGCCGUGUGUUACUUGAAUAAUACUGUACUGACACUAUUAUUGAACGUUAUUAUUUCCAGGAGUGUGUGUGUGUGUGUGUGUGUGUGUGUGUGUGUGUGUGUGUGUGUGUGUGUGUGUGUGUGUGUGUGUGUGUGUUCUUGUGGUGUAGUUUCUAAGCUUGUAGCACUCAACAAGGGGGGAUGAACAUUUAUAUAAACAUUCGAAAGUUGAUUUAGCACACUGAACAGGAGCUGACAGGGUGACAGAAUAAUGCCAUGAUGGAAUGGGGCCAAAAUUUCCUGAUUAUUUAAGGCAUCCAGGUUUUUGUUCAGUCUCCCCAAAAAUGAUCAGUAUUAUUCUUGUAGUACAAAAUUAAGAAAACUACAUUUCAUAAAUCAUACAGAUAUUGCUCAUGAAUUAAGACUACUUAUAUAUAGUUAGAAUUCUCUUAUAAUAAUCAUAAUCCUGUUUGAAUUUAAUAUGUUUAAUUGAGAUUUUGUUUAAUUUUUGCUCUUUCACAGUAUAAUUCUUAUGGUGGCAAAAACGUGGCCAGUCCAGCAGGCAUUAUAUCUGUGGUCCUGUUGUGUGAGGUGUUCAGGUGCUGGUGUGUGUCAUCCCUUGAUGUAUAUACCAGUUUGGCUCAGUUGAACAAAUAAAAAAGUGCCGGAAGUGUG